AUGGUCGCCGCAAAGAAGCACGUUCCUAUCGUGAAGAAGCGCACGAAGCUCUUCAACCGCCACCAGAGCGACCGCUUUAUGCGCGUUGAUCGAUCAUGGCGCAAGCCCAAGGGUAUCGACAACCGCGUCCGCCGUCGCUUCAGGGGUAACACUGCCAUGCCCUCGAUCGGCUUCGGCUCCAACAAGAAGACCAAGUACAUGAUGCCCUCCGGCCACAAGGCCUUCCUCGUCAGCAACGUCAACGACGUCAACCUUCUGCUGAUGCACAACCGCACCUACGCUGCCGAGUGCGUACCACCCCACAUCCGCCUAUCAGCUCCGACCGAAAAGCCGAGCGAAGGGAUCGCCCACAACGUCUCCUCGAGAAAGCGCAUCGACAUCAUCGGCCGCGCCAAGCAGCUCGGCGUCAAGGUCACGAACCCCAAGGCCAAGGUCACCACCGAGGUCUAA